AUGGCCUUUGGUGCCUUCAAGGGCUUUGGCAAAGGCCCGCCAGGCGGCUUUGGUGGCUUUGGUGGCAAAGGUGGGGGUCCAGGUGGUCCAGGUGGUCCAGGUGGUCCAGGUGGUGGCUACUGCGAAGAGGACCGAAGCAGGGACUGGCAGUGCCCAAAUGGAUCUUGUAGAGAAAGAAAUUUUGUCAAAAGACCCAUUUGUUUCAAGUGCGGUACGCCGAGACCAGCAGCCGAUGCCCAGCGAGCUUCGCAGCCGCCACCGAAGGGGGGCACCACGCUGCAUGGAAUGGUCAAGAGCUACAACAAGAAAGGGUUCGGUUUUAUCAUGUGCACCGGCAACUCCGACAUCCAGGACCUGUACUUCACAAGAGAGAACGUCAGUUCUCGCUUACUGCACCCUGAUAUGCCCGGAGAGCGGGUCACCUUUGAAAUUGGCUACGAAGGCCGCCGCAUGGUGGCAAGGAAUGUUCGGCCAUUCGGUGAAGACAAGCAUACUCAAGCAGCCAUGGUGGCGAAUAGUAACAAGGCCCGAUAUGAGCGAGGCUACGAUGAAGAGGACACUAGCAGGGAUUGGCUGGCAGCCAAGUGA